UGACUUCUUCAUGUAAACAUGGCGUUCAGGCAGAGCAGAACGUCCACCUCUACGAGGUUUACAUCGGUUUUAAACCUUAUAGCCGCUUUGCUGGUAUUUUGUUGUUUGUGUGCGUCCGUCCGAGCCGAAAUCCAAACCGCUUUCAUUGACAAACAAACUGGACAGCUGACUGUCCAUGAAGGCUAUCGAGAAGAUUUUGUGGCUUGGGCGAACUUCACUGACGAUAUUAAAACAUCAGGCUGGUCUUUCUUGGAGGUCACUACCAGCAGUCAGUACAAUGACAGCAUCCAAGCUUACGCCGCUGGAGCAGUGGAGGCUGCAGUCACAUCUCCACUCAUCUAUAAGCACUGGAUGAACACUCUGAUGAAUUACUGUGGGCCCUUCACGUCUCUGUCUGGUUACUGCGACCGUCUCAAGGCUUUCAUCACAACCAAUCUGCAGUGGGUUCAGGAGCAAAUAGAGAAGCAGCCGAGCUCACCCUACUGGCACCAGAUACGCCUUGCACUGCUACAACUGAAAGGUCUGGAAGACGGCUACAAUAAUGAGCUAUUGUUUCCAGAGGGGCCCAUUUCCCUCAAUCCAUUUGGUUUCCUACUCUUUCAGCUGGGCGGGGACCUUGAGGACCUGGAAUCGGCUCUGAACAAAUCCAGCCAAACCCGACCCCUUGGAUCUGGUUCCUGCUCUGCUCUCAUUAAGCUGCUGCCAAACAAUAAAGAGCUUCUUGUGUCACAUGAUACCUGGAACACCUACCAGUCAAUGCUGCGCAUCAUGAAGAAAUACAUCUUUGCCUUUAAAGCCUCUCCUUUAGCCAAUGAUCUUCUUCCUGGAGGAACUCAGGCAUUCUCAUCUUACCCUGGAUCCAUCUUCUCUGGAGAUGACUUUUAUAUCCUGAGCAGUGGCUUGGUUUCACUGGAAACCACCAUUGGCAACAGCAACCCUGCUCUCUGGAAGUUUGUUCAGCCCACGGGAACCGUCAUGGAGUGGCUGAGGAACAUUGUUGCUAAUCGCCUGGCUUCCACUGCCAUGGAGUGGGCAAAGAUAUUCAGCGAGUACAACAGCGGAACGUAUAACAACCAGUGGAUGAUUGUGGACUAUAAUCACUUCACUCCAGGGAAGACGGAUAUUAAAGAGAAGCUCUUUGUUGUGUUGGAGCAGAUUCCGGGACACGUCGUUUACCAUGAUAAAACUGAGGAACUGCUGAAGAAGGGGUAUUGGGCUAGUUACAACAUACCGUACUAUGUGGAAAUAUUCAAUGCCAGUGGUUGCAAUGAGUUGGUUGAGAAGUUCGGCCCGUGGUUCUCUCUGGACCAGAAUCCCCGGGCUCAGAUAUUCAGGAGAAAUCAGACAGAUGUCACAGAUGUGGACUCCAUGAUCCGUCUCAUGAGAUAUAAUAACUUUAAGGAAGAUCCUCUCUCCAAGUGUGAAGGCUGCAAUCCACCUGAGAAUGGGGAGAACGCAAUCUCAGCCCGUUCAGACCUGAACGCAGCUAAUGGAACGUAUCCCUUUGGUGCCUUAAAACAGAGACAACAUGGAGGAACCGACAUGAAGAUGACCUCCUAUGAGAUGUUUCGUGAGUAUGGCAUGAUGGCAGUGAGUGGGCCAACCUGGGACCAGGUUCCACCCUUCCAGUGGAGUACUUCUCCCUACAAAGACCUUAUGCACAUGGGUCACCCUGACAUUUGGGCUUUCAAGCCUGUAAAAGUCACCUGGACACCUUAAUUGCUAAGACACUGCACAUAUAAGUGACAUGAUAAAUGUAAAUAGUGCCACCAGAGCUGUCUCAUGUUUUGAAAAAGGGAAAUACAGUGCGCAUUGAUUGGUUGAGGAUUGGUAACAAUAGUAUUAUUACAGUGUUCACAUUAUAAAGCAUAGAAUACUAAGAAAGUUAUGAGUAUGAAGCAAUAUGAUCAAGAACCAGGAAAUCUUCAACAUCUGAUUCACAUUUGAUUGUUUUGUUUUAAUAUCUUUUUUAAACUCUUUUUUUAAAAUUUUAAUUCUAAUGACUGACUGAAAUGCUGUAUUUGGGAUAUGUCUGCACUUUCUUCAGAAAAAUUACCAAGUAUUAAUGUUGAUGUUGAUGCAAUUUGUGUUACACAUGGUACGUGUUGAUCAUUUUUCUGAUCAUUUUUGUGCAAUUCUGACUUGUUUUAAUCUAUUUUUAAAUAUUUGAUCAAUAAACAUUGCCCUGACCCUUUCCUA